GCCAGAUGAGGGCGUCUCCGAUGCCCUCCUCAAACGUUUUGAUGCUUUUGCAGAUAAGCUUGGGAGGAAUGUUGUGUUGGAACUCAUCAGCACUGAAAUUGAUCCUAAAACGAAGGGGCCCAAGAAGAGCAAUCCUGCGUUUUUGAAAGACUGGGCGGAGAAAAGUGGAACAAAAGCGGAGAGAGUGAACUAUAGCGCUGAAUUCGAAGUGGACUCUAACUUUGGGCUGCCUGGUGCAAUCACACUGCUCAACACACAUCAACAAGAGUUCUUUCUCGAGUCCAUUACCAUUGAAGGCUUUUCUCGUGGGCCGGUCCAUUUCCCCUGCAGUUCUUGGAUCCAGUCCAGCAAAGAUAAUCCAUGUAAGAGGAUUUUCUUCACCAACAAGCCUUACUUGCCUCAUGAGACGCCUGAAGGUUUAAAAGCACUCAGGGAGGAAGAACUGAGAGAGUUGAGGGGAGAUGGGAGCGGAGUCCGGCAACUCCAUGACCGGAUUUACGAUUUCGAUGUAUACAACGAUCUGGGGAAUCCUGAUAAAGGCAUUGAUUUUGUUCGUCCCACACUUGGCGGUGAAGGCAAUAUUCCUUAUCCACGGCGUUGUCGCACUGGUCGCUUACCCUGCUUUACAGAUCCAAGUUGUGAGAGCCGGUUGGAGAAGCCAGCUCAAAUGUAUGUUCCCCGGGAUGAGCAAUUUGAAGCACCCAAACGUGAUGCUUUCCAAAGUGCUAGAUUGAGAGGAACUAUGCACAACUUACUUCCUGGAUUACAAGUGAAAAUCUCAGAGAAAAAAGGCGACUUCGGAGGUUUUGAGGAUCUUGAUAGUAUUUAUGGUGAUACCCUCUUUCAUAAGUUGGGUAUCAAGGAAGAGGUUCUUGAGAAGCUCCCAUUGCCUAAAAUCCUAAUGAAGUUUAAGGAUGCUGACAUUUUCAAGUUCAACACUCCCAUGAUCCUUCAAAGGGAUAAAUUGGCAUGGCUGCGGGAUGAAGAAUUCGGGAGACAAAUAUUAGCCGGGAUCUGCCCUGUUCACAUAGAAAGGCUUCAGGCAUAUCCUCCUGUCAGCAAGCUUGAUCCUUCUGAGUAUGGACCCCUACACUCAUCCCUCAAAGAAGAACACAUUCUUCCUUUUCUUAGUGGAAUGAGUGUACAAGAGGCAUUGGCCUCAAACAAGUUAUACAUUGUGGAUUACCAUGACAUAUAUUUGCCAUUUGUGGACCGUAUCAAUGCUCUUGAUGGACGUGCAACUUAUGCUACUCGGACCAUUUUGUUAUUGACCGAUAAUGGAACCUUAAAACCGAUAGCAAUCGAGCUUUGCCUCCCUGCAAAUGGUCCUAGUAAAAGGUCCAGGGUUGUCACCCCGGAUGGUAACGCAACCUCAUUUUGGAUGUGGCAAAUUGGCAAGGCUCAUGUGUGGGCUAACGAUGCUAGCGUUCAUCAACUUGUUCACCAUUGGUUAAGGACGCAUUCGACUAUGGAGGUUUUUAUUUUGGCAGCUCAUAGGCAACUAAGUGCUAUGCACCCAAUAUAUAAGCUUCUUGAUCCCCACAUGAGAUACACACUGGAAAUCAACGCUUUGGCUCGACAAAGUUUGAUCAGUAAUGAGGGGGUUGUGGAGUCUUGCUUCACUCCUGGGCGUUAUGCUAUGCAGAUUAGCUCUGCUGCUUAUAAGAACUUCUGGCGCUUUGAUCUUGAGAAUCUUCCUGCUGACUUGGUUAGAAGAGGAAUGGCAGUCCCAGACCCAACACAGCCACAUGGACUGAAGCUUUUAAUAGAGGACUAUCCUUACGCCGCCGACGGUCUCUUAAUUUGGGAGGCCAUUCAAAAAUGGGUAACCACCUACGUCAACCAUUACUACCCAGAUUCCGACCGCGUCUGCAACGACCGGGAGCUUCAGGCAUGGUACUCCGAGUCCAUCAACGUCGGCCACGCCGACCUCCGCAACGCCGACUGGUGGCCGACCCUAGCCUCCCCGGCGGACCUCUCCUCCAUCCUCACCACCAUCAUCUGGCUCUCCUCCGCCCAACACGCCGCCCUGAACUUCGGGCAGUACCCCUACGGCGGGUACAUGCCGAACCGGCCGACUCUCAUGCGCCGGCUCAUCCCGGACGAGAAUGACCCGGAGUACGCUGGGUUCGUAGCUGACCCGGAAGCGUACUUCUUCAAGGCUCUGCCGAGCAAGCUGGACGCGACGAAGCUGAUCGCCGUAAUUGACACGCUGUCGACACAUUCGCCGGACGAGGAGUACUUGGGGGAGAGACCGCAUCCUUCGACGUGGACCUCGGAUGCCGCUAUGGUGGAGGCGUUCUAUGAGCUGUCGGCGGAUAUUGCAGAGAUAGAGGAGGAGAUUGAGCGGAGGAACAGUGACCAGAGGCUGAAGAAUAGGUGUGGUGCUGGUGUUAUACCUUAUGAACUUCUUGCUCCCAGCUCUCCACCAGGGGUUACCUGUAGAGGUGUUCCUAAUAGUGUCACCAUCUGAUCUGAUUCAUCUUCUAAUCUUCUAUAAAUAAAUAAAUUCGAAUAUAUGUACUUUUUUUCUUGAACAAUUCUUGGAUAUAUACAUAAUAUGGUGUUGCUAGAUAUGAUGUUACUAGACUUUCAUAUUGAAAAGUAUCAAGGAUGUUGCAUUAUAAAUUCUGAUUAUGAUAAUCAUAUCAAAGCACACUAAGAUGAUCAAUAUCGUGGUUGGG